AUCACAAAGUUUUAAGUCCUAUAAAGCUGGUAUCUAUACAGCGGGCGGUUCCUGUCGCCGGCUGGUCGACUCACACUGUAAAGCUGCUGUAAAACACUGGUUCACACCUGUGGCAGAGAAUGGCAGACAAAACUCUGGAUCGUGGGCCAUGGACAGGAUGUGCGGUCAUGUUUCUGCAGUCGCUCUCGCCUGGUGUGAACCUGCUCUCUCUCUACAAAGACCAGCAGGAAGGAAAGUUCAUUGUUUUCAAAGUCAUCAAACUGACUCUCAUAGAUUCUGCCGGAGGUCUGGGUGGUUAUGAGAUACUUAAGGUCCACGAUGCCGAUCCCUUUCUGGGGGUGGAGGUGAAGUUUGUGGACGUGGAAGCAUGUCGGCAGUUCCUCGAGAGCUACAGCUCUGGAGCCGUGCGUCAGUCCCUCUCCCAACACGCCUGCCGGCUUCUUACUCUUCCCCAAGAGCUCACGGUGGAAACCCAACUCAAGGCCAGCACACACAUCCUGGAUCUCUAUCUGGAGAAGCUGGAACUUUGCCUACAGCACAUCCACCGGUCACAGCCGGAGCGCCUCCGCGAUGAGGAGAUUGAUGAUCUGGAGCAGAAGCUGCAGACUCAGGCUCUCGGUCCUGCCCCACAGUCGACUACCAUCACACAGGAGGAGUCUACUGUCCCCAGCAACUGCUUCAGGUUUCAGAACAGAGUGUUUGAGGACCGAAUGCUGACACAGGCAGAUGUUCAGAGCUUUUCCAACGGAGUGGGCCGUCAGUGGAAGCAUGUAGGGAGGGCCCUGGGGAAGAGCUGCCGGGCGCUGAAGGGUCCGGCCAUAGACAACCUGGCCUACGAGUACGAGAGAGAAGGGCUGUAUGAGCAAGCCUAUCAGCUGCUCAGCCGCUUCAUCCAGGCGGAGGGGAGAGCAGCCAAGCUGAGCCGGCUGGUCAAAGCACUGGAGGACUGCAAACUCACCAGCCUGGCUGAAAAUAUUCUGGACAUACAGCCACGAGAGUAACUCUGUGUGCUUCUGUUCUGCAUACGAGUCGUGAAAACUGAGGGGGACAGGUCCUCUCUACUUGAGGAGCAGUUGACUUUGUCCUGCCUGCUUUUAUAUACAGUAUGUUUGUCCCUGAUUGACGAUCAAAAUCAUUCCUCUGUGUGAGUCUGUGUGUGUGUGUGUGUGUGUGUGUGUGUGUGUGUGUGUGUGUGUGUGCGUGAGUGUGUUUUUUUCUGACAGGUUGUGUGAACACAUGCUAGCAUGUGUGUGUGAAUUGAUUCAUAUCAUAUUUGCUUUUCAAUUAUUAGUGUUAUUGAUUGUUUUCAUUUAGAUGGAAUUAUCUGUCUUCACUGUUUUAAAAAAGUAUGCUGUUUUGGGUUUGAUGCACUGUUUAAACUGUUUCCAUCAUGUACCUCUUUUAUUUCUGCUUUAUAAGUCAAUUUGCAGAUGGAACCUGUUGUUGUUGCUAAUGAGUGCACAACUGACGGUUUUUGAUUUUUUUUUUAUUCUAUAAAAUGGGUUCAUACAAAUUAAAUUGUUGUAAAAAAAAAAAUAGAAGUCCUCAU